GGUCCCAGGAUUGGUCGCGCAGGCGCAGGGAAGGAUCCGUUUUGGCGGGCGGUUGGCGUUGCGCAGAAGGCGGUGGCAGAGGUGCCUUGCGGUCCGGCCUCACCGCAGAGGAACAGGCAAGACAUUGGUGUGAGUGAUCGGUCUCGAUCCUGGAAGAUGGCUUUAGCUGAUCAUUGUACUAAUGGGAAGGAGUCCAGGUCAUCCUGAGAAGAGUUGGCUUGUGCAGAGUCCGAGACGCAGAUUUGUUGGAUUUCUGAACCCAGUGGCCUUAGACCUUCAGGUGGAACAGCGUACGACAUGGGAAAGAAAACCAAGCGGACAGCUGACAGUUCUUCUUCUGAGGAUGAGGAGGAGUACGUCGUGGAGAAGGUGCUAGAUAGGCGUGUGGUUAAGGGGCAAGUGGAAUAUCUACUGAAGUGGAAAGGCUUUUCUGAGGAGCACAAUACUUGGGAACCUGAGAAAAAUUUGGAUUGCCCUGAGCUGAUUUCUGAGUUCAUGAAAAAGUAUAAGAAGAUGAAGGAGGGUGAAAAUAACAAACCCAGGGAGAAGUCAGAAAGUAACAAGAGGAAAUCCAGUUUCUCAAAUAGUGCUGAUGAUAUCAAAUCAAAAAAAAAGAGAGAGCAGAGCAAUGACAUCGCUCGGGGCUUUGAGAGAGGACUGGAACCAGAAAAGAUCAUUGGGGCGACAGAUUCUUGUGGCGAUUUAAUGUUCCUAAUGAAAUGGAAAGACACAGAUGAAGCAGAUCUGGUUCUUGCAAAAGAAGCUAAUGUAAAAUGUCCACAGAUUGUGAUAGCAUUUUAUGAAGAGAGACUGACGUGGCAUGCAUAUCCUGAGGAUGCGGAAAACAAAGAGAAAGAAACAGCAAAGAGCUAAAGGAAGGGGUGGUCUCUGUCAUUUCUCUUUGUACAUAAUACAUUCACCUCCCUGCCUCCUCUCCCUUCUACCUACCCUCUUCUAUCCUGAACACAUCCAUAAAAAAAUGUGCUUAUCACUGUGCUCCACAGGAGAAAUGUUGGUAUUGGUUCUCUUGUAAUAUAACUGAUGGUCUGAUUCAUGAUAAGUGUCUCUCUGUGAAGACCAGGCAUUUACAUACAGUGUAUAAUCCCCAUGAUUUUUUCUUUACGCCAUCUCUUCCUUUUGCUCCCCUGUGACCUCAAGAUGAGUUUUAACUUUUUAAUCACCUUAGAGUCUUGAUCUUUUCAGGGUUGGUCACUUUUUAGAUUGGGAGAUUUUGUUACAAUGAUGAUGAAUUUUGGUUUCUUGCUUUGGUUCUUGGAACAUGUCGAUGAUCAGCUAGCCUUUGUUUUGAGAUGUUGGGAUGGAAAAGAUGUUGCCCAUCUUUAUAAAAAGCCAAUAGCAACUGUCUACCUGUUGGGGCUUUCCCAACCUCAUUCAGCUCUACCCAGGAGAAUACAGGGUUCCUGGUGUGGUCUUCUGGGCCACCCUCUGUUGUUCAUCCUCACCCAUCCUCCCAGAAUAGCUCUAUCCUUUGUAGGACUUGAAAUUUUACAUUCGGAUUUGUUAAGGCACUCCUUUUAGCCCCAGGACUUUUGGCCUUGUUUCUUAGCAAUCCUUGAUUUGGCUUCUGCAAGGUGGUGGUGUCUGUCAUAAAAUGGCAAGAUUAUUAACUGGAGAUUUUUAGCUAUUAGUACUUGAGGAUGAUGGGGUAGGGUACAAUCGUCUUUAUUAUCACAUAUGAUAUAUAUGUAUUCCUUCCAUCCCUCACAUUUGGACUAUAUAUUUAUGUAGGUGUGAGUGACUGCCUGGUGCUUGCUUGUGCCAAGGUGCUAGGCACCCUCCAACCCUGCCAACUUUUGUGGCCUCCCAAAGCAUUCCUGUUAACCAAAGAGGCUUCAAACCUGACCCUCACUUCUCAGUGGACCCAAGUUUCCCCUCCUUGUUAUUAUUUUCAGUGGGGAAUUCUUGGAGGGGAGCCAUUGGCCACAAUAUCAAUUUUAAAUAUUCAUAGCGUCAUAAAUAUCCUGCUUUGUUGACUCCUGGAUUUGCCAAGAGUCCCCAAAGUAUUAAUGCUUUUCCUUUUUCCACCCUCAAACUUUUAGUUGUAUCUUCUUUUUUAAAACACGUUUGCAUGGAAGAUUAUCACCUCAGAAAGUGAUAGGCCCUGGCAUUAGUGUGUUGACAGAACCUCUCUCUCUACUCAGCAAAAUAUUUCCCUUUUGGCUUCCUCCUGUUUUGCCGUUAUAGUGAGAGUUUAUUUUUCUGAUCAUAACCUUUUGCCUUUGUCUCCGAAGAAAUGCUCUACUUUUUGUUAUCCUUUUUUUCUUUAGUUGAGUUGGGGGCGAGGGGCUAGGGAAUCAAGACUAAAAGUAAGGAAAUAGCAGGGUUUUGAGCAUCCUUGUCCCAGCCCAAAGCUGAGGAAUUAAGAAUAAAUGUUUGAAAUAGCCUUAACUGUAGAGUUCACCAGCCAUCAAGGUUGUUUUUGUUGCUUUGAUUUUUAAAACAUACAGCUGUCUGGCCAGGAGCAUUCAGCCAUUUCUAGAUUAUAAUGAGGGGAAUGGAUAGAUUGCUCUGGUCCACAGAUGAGCCGAAUAAUAUGCAAAUCAUACACCCAUUCAUAGCAUUCGUUAACAUUGCUUCCCUGCUCAGCUGCUGAUUGAAUUCUGUGUGCUUGUAUAAAUUAUGUCAAAAAUUAUACUGCACAGUUGAGAAGACAGCUGUUGAUGCAGUGACAUGACAGACUGGAACAAUGAAGAUUUUGGUUUAAGUCAUCCAAGAAAAUCCUGAAUGGUAAUGUGAUUAGGUGAGAACUCAUAACCCAUACCUCAAGUGGGUAGGAGUUUUAUCUUCAUCUUCCUUUACUCUCUGAAGGAAUUAAGGGCCUAGAUCAAGUGUUAGAUAAUUGACAAUUGUUAAUACUAAUCUUAAGGGCAUCUAAAAGAUAGGAUGGUCAGGAAAUAGAUUUGUCAUAUAGGUAACUAAGAAUAUCAAUUAGGGCAGACAAGGAUAGGACAAAAGUAGGCUAGAGCACCUGAGGAGGUGAUCUGGGUUUUAAUUUGCAGGUGAAGAAAAUGAUAGCUUAUCUAUGUAGCUAGUGUUUCUCCCAAGAAUAGUGGGUGUAUAAACUACAAAAUCUAGUAUAUGGACAAACAAUUAUUUUGUACUGAGAUUGAUCCUGAGAAACCUGGGACAUGGUUGCUAGGGUUAUAGGUAAUAUUUAAGACAUUCAUCAAAAUCUUAUUUUCUUUCAACACAAUAACCCCAGUAUUAUCUAUUUAUAACCCCUUUAAUACGUUACUCUUCACUCCAUUCAUCUUUUUCUGUCCACAGUUUAUUGAAUCAUGGUCUUGUACUGAGUGCCGCCGAAACAACUUUUGUUCUUUCCUUGCUUUUGCACAGCUGCUUCUCUAAGAAUGUAGGGAGCCAAAAACCAAUACAGAUUUCAGCCUUUAGCAGAAAGGAAGCCAGAUGCCUGCCUGUGCCUCCAGCAUUUGUUAAUGCUGAAUAGCUGUCCUGGCCCUUGGAGAAUUGUAGCCUCAGACAAACUUGUUUUCAUGUGGUUUUCUCAGAAGUUAGUAGCCAUGGGCUAAGCACCCUCAAACAUCUAGAUCUCAGGUGCUCAGUAUGUUUUCCCUGUAGUCCUUUCAAAACAUUUUUCUUCUGAUGAAAUUUUUAGUAAUCAGCAUUCACGAAUCUUCCUUUCACAGAAUUUAGUAGAGCCUUGCCCGGCAGAGUCUACUCUGCCAAGGUCAGUAUAGCUGCUUUUCCAAGCCCCGUGCUGGGCUGAUGCCCUCACAUUAGGAUCAGCUGUUAGGAACAUCAGCCCUGAUGGAAGCGCCCAUUUUUAACCUGGAGGGAGCCCUAUCAUUUUUCUUCUGGCAAUACAGUUUUUGUCUGCUCAAGGGAGCAUUUGGACCUGUCGUGCUCCUUAACAGUCAAGAGUCUAGAUGGUUCUUGGUUGUCCCCUAGCCAUAUCUUUGUGCUGCUUUUUGUUGUUAGAAGGUUGAUCCUGUUCCCAUAGCUUGGGCAGUUAUUAUUAAUUCCUAAUUCCUCUUCUGGAGACACCCUGCUGUUCAUUUACCUUAUAUUCAGAUCAAAUCAUAGGGCAUUGGGGUAGGUGCUUGGGAUUUUCAUCUUGUGAUUUUGUUGCAUCUAUGUUUAGGCCAGCUCACCUAAAGUACAAAGGGAUCUGUGUUUGGGUUGUGGAGUGAUUGCCUUUGCCUUUCGGGUUUGAAUUCAAAGGCCUAAAAUACUAUUUUGCAGUGACAUGGGAACCCCAGGAAGGAUUCUGUCAUUAGAUUUGAAAUGUGGAAAUUGUUUCUCACAAAAUUAGCUCAACGAAAAAGCUUAUUUUGUACCCAUGACUCAAUCCUUUUGGUUUAGAUUUUUAGAGCUGAGGUCUGUACCUUUGGAUGUACCACCUACCACUAAGCAAUAGUACAUGUAGCAAGGUGGAGAGAGGAAAGGUCUGGACCCACUGUAUUCCAGUUUCAUGUUGGCUUUACCACUAAUGAUAAAAGUUAUGUUUCAAAAAUGGAGAUAUUACCAGCCUUGUACCAAGAGCAUACAUAGCCUAAGAAUUGGGUGCCCCCGCUCAAUUAAUGGUGGUCGAUUUCUAUUGAACUGUCCAUAUUCUAGCUACAUUAGUGUUACAUCAGCAUUUAUUCAACAAACAUUUUUUUGGCCUACGGGAUACAAAGUUCAAAAAGAUGUAGCCCCUAAAGCAAAGAACUUUUAUACUGGUGUGAGAUAAACGGACUAUUAAUAGUUUAGUGUAAAAAAUGCUUUAAAUGGAUACACAUUUCUGAUUUGGGGGCAGAGACAGACAACUGGCUGUUAUAAUUUGUGGCCCUAAAGUAGGAGGGUAAAAAUUGGUUCAUAUGUGGAAAAGACCUAUGACCUUGGAUAAGCUGAGCUAACUGGCUAUAGAUCACAAGGGCUUGUUUUAUGCCAGAAAAUAAAGAUAACUGAAGGUUAGUUAGAAAUGCUGCUAUUACUGAGAGAACAGGUGAGUGGGGGUUGAGAACCCCAGAUUUCGAUCCCUGUUUUAGGCUCUCUGCCAAAGUAUUUAACAGUAUAGUUAAUUUUUGCUUGUGGAAAGUAUUAACUAUAUUGCAGAUCCAGUUAUGUGUUGUUACAUUGUUAUGGGUUCUGUAACAUUCCUCAUGGACAUUUUAUCAGAGUUACUCACACCUUUUUUGGUUCCUUAUCCCUUUUGAAGGAAUUAAUGUGAGGCUGGCUUUAAGCCUAAAACAGGGACAUAUUUUGCAAUGACAGAUUUGCUAAAAAGGCAGCUUGGGGCACAUCUGUUAACACCCGGGCAUUUAUUCUGGGCAGUGUAGUUUUAUUCAACACUGCAGGAUAGUGAUUUCUAAGCAGAGACUUGUGUCAGUUAUGUGGAAACCCUCCCAAAAGUAUAUGUAACCCUGGGAUUUUGGAUUUAAUCAAUCUAGGGUGCGGCCUAGCCCUGUUAUGAAACAGUUUAACCUAAGAAAUUUCUUAGUUCUGGCCACAAGAAAAAGAUACUUUUCUCUGCCUGGGUAAUUGACGGUUGACUAGUGUUGAAAGUCAGAAUUCCUAGGAAUUAGAAUAACUUCUGGAAAGUUAAAGUGUGAAGGUUCUUUGGAUAGCUCAUAAAAACAAUUCUAGAUUCUUGUUGCUUACGCUGGAUUUCUUGAAUUUUAAACUACCUCAUCUUGUCUUUUUAGAGUUACUUCAGCUUGUCCUUGCCACUUACCAUCAUGCUUGACUUUGUUUUCUAAGAUGGAUUUUUUUCCUAUUCAUCGACAGCAUGUUCUCUUGCCUUUUCAUCCUGAUCCUUAUUUCACCUAACCUACUGUUCCUGUCAGAGAAAAGUUUUGAAAUAGUUAAAAAUCUUGGUUUAUGGGAAGAAAGUGAUCCUCCAAUUGCUUUUUGUUGCUGAGAUCGGUAAGAGAAGGAGUUAAAACAAGGUGGGGGAGGGUACAUAACCUGCACUGGAGGCAGCCGACAAGGGAAGAGCCAUUAAUUAAGACAAUUUCAAAGUCAACUGAUUGUGAUCAUUAAUGUCACAAUAGAUCAAAACCUAAUUAUCACAGUCUAGGUAAGAGCCAUCAGUAUUAAUCAGAAAAUCUAAUAGGAAACUAUUAUCAAGAAAUUAGGCCAAAUUGAAUGCAAUGAACUUUUUGUCUUGCCAUUCUGUAUUUUUUGUGUGUGUGAUGUCCCUUGGCAUUGGCAGGUGUGACCCUCACAGUUGAUCCAGGCCCCAGUGGCCUGUUUGUCACACUUUGAGGAAUUCCAAACAUGGACUGAACCUGAACUGUCAUUGCCACUUUAAUCAGUCUUGAACUUUAUCAUCAUUUGGACUUGUUUGGUGUGAUCAGCAAUCAAUGAAAAAAGGUUUAUAUUUAGGUCUUGGAGUAGUUGGUCCUUCCUGGAACAAGAGUAUUCCUGGUAGACUACGUAUGUGUGUGCCGAUAGAUCAUUCUUUAGAGCUUCUGCUGUAUGGAGAGCCUAUUGCUCUGGCUACUGCGAGGGGAUGUAGAGGAAAGGAGUGGCUUCCUGCCUGGAGAUUCUUUGAGAGACCUGAGAAGAUGGAGUUUAAUCGUGUCACAGCACUUUUAAGGCUCAAGUCAAUGUUUUGCAGUUUCUGGUAGCUGUAGUAUUUGAUUCUAAAUCAGGGCUGGCUACGGAUUUAGCUUUUCCCCCCUAGUUUUAGAUUAAGGGUCAUGAUUUCUAUGAGAAUCCAUUGUAAAUCCAAAGGAGAGUGGGAGAGAGUUUUUUUGCCUUUUGUUGCGGGAGGAAAGACUAUUACAAGAGUCUAUGACUAGUUAUAGGGAAUGUGUUAUCCCCUCUCCCUAAAUUUAAAAAUAGGGGUCACCAUUUAUAUUCUUGAUCUUGAGCUAUUCAUGAAGAUGCCGCAACUCCUAAAGAUGAGCUGAGGCAGAAAGGUUAGAGAGAUGCUAUCCUCUAGGAAUUAUGGGGAGGGACGAGUAGUGGUUGGUGGCGUUAGGGUUUCCGUGCCCCUUGCUUAGCCUGUAGAGGAUGUUGCUGCUGCUGCCAUCACCACUGUUGCUGGUCUUUCUUCCUCAGCCUUGCAGCUCAGAGCACUACCAAGAUUACUACUGGGGAAACGAGUUCUUAUCUUUCUGCUUGAAUGUGGUCUUGCUUCAUUUGGAUUUUAGGAAUUUGGGUUACUCAGUACAGAACUUCGAGAAAUCAGUGUGAGUGUGACUUAAUCCUUCACCUUAAUAUUUAAAAUGUAAUUUUGUUUUCAAAAUACCCAUUAAUACAGUCUUUCUCCAAGGUUCCUUGCAUUUUGCUAGAUAAAUAACGCUCAGUUAAUACUUCUGGGUUGAUUGAGUUCAUCUAGUUUGCAGAGUUAGGUGUACUUACUGGCUUCCUUUUGCUCUGAAGUGCACUCUAAGAAGUAAAAUGCUCUAGGGAGUGGAACAAGAAUUGAGUGGAUGCCGACUGUGUGCCAACCUCGUCAACUGAUUCAUAAUGGCUGACCUUGGGCAAGUCACUCCUUUCAAUGCCUCAGUUCCCCAUCUGUCAAAUGGGGGUAAUAAUACUGACCUACCUCACAGGGGUGUUGUGAGGCAUUGUAAAUCAAAGUUAAUAAAAUACUUAGGGUCCUCUUUGUAGGAUGCCUUCAGCCGAAGUCUAGACCUGACAUAGGCUUCAGUCCUCACUGAGCUGUCCCAAGGUUGGAACUACUUAGUGACCUUGGCACAUUCUCUGCCCCCCACCCCGCAUCAAAGCUGCUAGUUCAGAUGUUGACAGUGUUUUUGUGAAUGUUGGAGUCUUAAUAGUCCAGAUUUAGGAUGUUUUGGGGGAAGGCACUUAGUAUUUUCUGUGUUUUGCAUCCACUAUGGGAGGCUGUUUCAGACCCAAGAGCAUUGGAUUAAGGGAAUCAUGAGGCAGAGAUACUACUGCCUGUUUCUCUCUGCAGGUUGGGGAUUAAGGUCCCAUCCCCCAUGGGCUUGGGACAGACUCUGACUGCCUCAGGAGCAAAGCAGACACAGUGGGUUUGAUUUAUAUCAUUGCUUACCGCUCUCUGAACUAACCCCAGUACAUCUGGGUCACUGCACCUCUUCGUGAUAUCUGUACCCAAGCCUCCACCUCCCCAUAGGAACCAGCUGGUUCAAUAAAUGUAACCACUUUCUCCAGCCCCCUCCAAAAGAGAGCUACAUUGAAAAAUGUUUUUUUCUAGAGAUACGAUUGAUACUCAGAAUUGGGCAUUGUUACUCUUUAAAGCUUCACCAAUUCAUUGCAUUCACCGUCCUUCGUCUCCUUUUGUGUCCACAGUCUGAACCUGAUUUUGACCUUUUCUUCUUCUGAUUUGGGAAAACUUUGGACACUAUUUCUAUUUACCCAGGUGUGGGCUUGAGAGCCUUACUCUCCAUCUCAGUUCAGGGGCUCAGCCAGCUCCUCUUCCCAAUAGGGCUCUUUCUCCUUUCCCUCUCCUUGGCCCUAGAUAUGUAACCCAUGAAAAAGCACAAGGUCCUGGCUCCUUGCUGCAGUCAUGUUCUUGUUCUCUGUGGUUUGUGGACUCUGCUCCUCUUCACCCAGCACUGGUGGCACCAGGCGGUUCUGUGGAGUUCUGGAGGAUGGAGAGCACAGUCUGACAUCCUGCCAAGUAGCCAAGAGUUGACUCGCCCAUGGCCCACCGCCCUUCCCACCCCUUCCCACAAGAUGGGAUCUAAGAGACUCAAGAGGCUGGGUUUCUCUCAGCAACGUGUACCAUCCUGAGUAGCAAAACAAAUCACGCUUUGUAGCCCGAUUUCUGAAUGAAAAAAUGGGAAAUUGAAUUCUGUAUGGACUUUUUGGUUUAUGGGGGAGUUUUGGUUGUGUUUCUUGGUUUUAUUUCAGCCAAACAUGUCUGCUUUUGAUUUAAAAAUUUUUUUAGGAUAAGUGAUAUAUAUAUAUAUGUUUGCCUUUUAAAUGUAAAUGUUUAAAAGUAGGCAAUUUAUGUGUUUCCACAACUGACAUCCAAUGCAGACCUCAUUCUCUCCCCCUCUUCCACCCUCCUCUUUUCCCUCUUUUCAUACUCUUGUAUUGGUUCUAAUAAAUGGUUGCUUUUCAAAUACG